AUGCUCAUCAGACGGAAGGGCAAGACUGUCGCCGAAGAUACUGCUGGAGUGGUUGGCCACCAAAAGCAACAGGAGGCACAGGAUGAGGACAGAUUGUGCAAUGUGAUUCGUGCGCAGAUAUGCCAUGAUUUGUUCCGUGAACAAUUUGGCGGGAGGUUAAGCACCUUUUGUUUGUCGCUUACUGUACUAGGCAAGCUCGGAGUGAAACGCGGGAAACCCUGGUGCGUGCUGGAGUCUCAAGCGUGGGUGAUGUGGAUUGCACGCGCAUCGAAAUUUGAUUUUGUUCUGGGCGUAACGGGGGUAACCAACACUUUGUUUGUGGACCGAGGUCGCACUGAGUCGUGCAUGGUCUGGAAGCCAGAACCCCAUCAAUCAACCAUCGGCAAGAAAAAUUUCAAUCGACGGUUCCUGAGUCGGUACGAGACUGUGGCGAUACUGUACGUGCUAGAAGUGGCGCGGAACGGCUGUGGUCGGGUUGAGCAUGAAGGCGAAGAAAUCGCGUCAACUGGAUUUUGCAUGCGUGAUUCGUGGACUUCACUGGCGUCUGAGGCACCGGCAGCAGUUCGGUGA